GACAUGCGCUUUCUUGGCCAGGCCGCAAAUGGCAUCUACGUCGAUGAUGGCACUGAUAUUCAUCCAGAUGUACUGCAUGAACUAUACGGGAUGGCGCGCACUCCAGUACAUCGGCGACGAGGACAGACAGGUGCAGGGCACCCUCCAGAAGAGGAGGAGUCAGAAAAUGAAGAUGAUGCCAUAGUUGAUGGUCCUACCGCUGAUAUAUCAGAGCAGAUCGCAGCGGCUCAGCAGGGUAAUGUUCGCCAUGAUCCUGUCGAUGUGCCGGCACAUGCGAGUCCUUUUGCAGAUGAGGCCACAGAGACCUUACUUUUCAACGCUCUGGCUGCUGUUCGCGGAGAUGGGUUCCUUCCGGCAGGGUACGGAGUGCUCAUUGGAGAAGAGAUUGAUGCCUACGAUCAUGAGGAGGCCAUACGUUUGGGACGUCAUGGUACUAAGGAGCUCAUAGUAACGCUGCCGGAACAUAUAUGGCGUCCGUGA